GAAAGUUCGUUGGUUGAAUCUCGAACCGUUACGCACCCCUUCUCUCUCUCUCUCUCUCUUUCUCUCUCUCUCUCUCUCUCGCCCAUCAAUCCACCGGAGAGGAAGAACAGGGUCUCUCCUCUGAAGGUGGAAAUGGGCACCCUGCAGAGCUGGAGGAAGGCCUAUGGAGCGCUCAAGGAUUCAACCAAAGUAGGCCUCGCCAAGGUCAAUAGCGAAUUCAAGGAUUUGGACGUUGCCAUCGUCAAGGCAACGAAUCACGUUGAAUGCCCGCCGAAAGAACGCCAUGUUCGGAAAAUAUUUGCUGCCACCUCUAUAUCUCGGCCACGUGCAGAUGUCGCAUAUUGUAUCCAUGCACUUGCCAGACGAUUAGCCAAGACCCAUAAUUGGACCGUUGCUUUGAAAACAUUAAUAGUUAUCCAUAGAACACUCAGAGAAGGUGAUCCUACCUUUAGAGAAGAACUGCUUAACUAUUCACAACGGGGGCACAUACUUCAGCUAUCCAAUUUUAAGGAUGACUCUAGCCCUCUUGCUUGGGAUUGCUCAGCUUGGGUUCGCACAUAUGCUCUCUUCCUAGAGGAGAGGUUGGAAUGUUUUAGAGUGCUGAAGUAUGACAUUGAGGCUGAGAGGUUAACAAAAUCUGGUCCAGGACCAACAAAGAACCAUAGCAGAACAAGGGAUUUGAGCAGCGAGCAUCUUUUGGAGCAAAUGCCUGCUCUACAGCAGCUACUUCACCGCCUUGUAGGCUGCCAGCCUGAAGGAGCUGCUUUUGGCAAUUACCUGAUACAGUAUGCAUUGGCCCUGGUACUAAAAGAGAGCUUUAAAAUCUAUUGUGCCAUCAAUGAUGGCAUCAUUAAUUUGGUUGAUGUGUUCUUUGAGAUGUCUAGGCAUGAGGCUGUUAAAGCGCUUGAUAUUUAUAAAAGAGCUGGACAACAGGCUGAGAAUCUUUCCGACUUCUAUGAGCUUUGCAAGGGCUUGGAGCUUGCAAGGAACUUUCAGUUUCCAAUUUUGAGACAGCCACCACCUUCUUUUCUUGCGACAAUGGAAGAAUAUAUAAGAGAAGCACCUAGGUCGGUCUACGGUUCAAGUAAACAACUGGAAUAUCAGGAGAGGAAGUUGCUGACUUACAAACCAGAAGUCGUGACCCCUGAAAGUCCCAAGCCAGCUGUAAAAGCUGAGGAAAGUCCAAUAGUUGAAGUACAGGAGGCUCAACAAACUAGCAACGAGGAUAUUCCUCCACCAGUUCAAGUUCCUGAUACCGGCGAUUUAUUGGGUCUAAACGAGAUUAGCGCUGAAGCAUCACUGAUAGAAGAAAGCAAUGCUUUGGCUCUUGCGAUUGUGCCAUCUGGUGAUGCUACAAUGACUUCAACUUCAGAUGGAUUCUUAGGAAGUGCUUCCGAUCCUUCAGGCUGGGAACUAGCGCUAGUUACCACAGAUACCAGUAGCACUAACACCUUGACUGAAAGUAAAAUGGCUGGUGGGUUCGACAGGCUUUUGUUAGAUAGCCUUUAUGAGGAUGCUGAAGCACGGAAACAGCAGCAACCAGCAUAUGGAGUUAGUCUUGGGCCUAACCCGUUUGAUGCACGUGAUCCUUUUGCCAUGUCGCAGGGAAUAGCUCCCCCACCCAAUGUGCAGAUGGCUUUAAUGGCUCAGCAGCAGCAGCAAAUGAUGCUGAUGCAAAGUCCUUAUUCUUUCAAUCCACCACAGCAGGGAAUGCCUGCCAAUCCUUUUGGUGAUCCAUUUAUUGGUUAUUCAAAUGCAUCAUAUGCACAUGGGAAUUCUAGUUUGCUGUAGAUUUUUGGUUUCUUUUUCUCUUUUAUUACAUUUUAUUAUUUGUUGCCUGGCUGCCUUGUAAAUUUAUGGUUUUAUUAUAUUAUUCUUUGAAUGGUCGUGAGAAGGGAAUAAAUGAGAAAGGGAAAUGUCAGUCUUAUUGGUUGCCCAGGAUAAUCCAACUGUACCAUAAAUCCAUCUUAUACCAAUUGCUCUAUUUACACUGUAAUAGUUUUGGCUCAUUUCUCCUGUUGUAUAUCUCUUUUUUCCACGAUU